UACUUCCCUAUGUAUAAAACCAAUAAUAUGAAAAGUCGAAACAUUUAUAACAAUGCUAUGACUUUGAAAGAAUUGCAUUAAUCAUGAUUGUCCCGAUAGUUUUAAUUAUGCAUACAGUUUGACUGCAUACAUAUCUGACCCGUUAUAAAUGUUUAGUUACAGCAAAAGGAGAAAUAUUAUUUUUAAAAAAUAUAGGCGUUUCAUUAAAAGGAAAACUAGAAAUACAGAUUUUUUUUUUAAAUACAGAUUUAAAUAAGAACCAUAGGUUUUAAAUAUUUCAGUGGCAGAGAUCUGUAAAUAUUGUUGAAAAAGAAGGGUACCUCAAAAAAGGACUUUCGAUUUUAAUAGUAUUGACUAGAUUUUAAUCUGGCUUUCAAAGCGCGGGAUUACAUUUUGUUAAAAAAUUAUUAAUCCAUAUAGAUCUAGGUGUUUGGUUUUCGAUUCGGUACCACAUCAUCUUUUCGGUUUGGUUUUGGUUUGAUUUUGAUUUUUAGUUUUUGGUUCAAGAGAUAUAUAAACUGUUCAGUUAUUUAUGAUUUAUAAAUUUGGAUUUGGUUUUGGUUUUGGUUUGAUUAUCUUGUUUUUCGGUUCAAAUAACAAUGUUAGAAACCUGAUAAAAUUUUGAGUUCAAUUCAGUUUUGAUAUGGAUUUCGUUUUUUUUUUCUUGAUUAAUUAAUGUAAAAUCACAUUUUGGAUAAAAUUUUGGAUUAUUUUGAUAAAUUUAAAUAUUUUGAUACAAAAUUUUUUGGGGUAUUCGGUUCUAUUACAAAAUUAAGAUAAUGUUAAUAUUUAAAAUAAUAGGGUAAUCAAGUUUUAUAAAUAAUAUUUUAAGAUAUUUGCUCAUUUUGAAAGAAAAUAUAAUUAAUAAAUUUAAGAUACAAGACUCUAUUUUGUUUAUUAAAAAUUAAAUACUAUUCCCAACACUUAAGUUGGGAAGCAUGAAACCUCAAAAUCAUAUAUGAACUUGAAACAACACAUACCUAAGUUUCAAAAGAAAAACACAACACGUACUUUUUUUUUUUUUUGAAAAAAACACAACACACAUACCUACGUAUGAUUCGUAGGAAAACAUGAAACAACACACAUACGUAAAUGGUAUCGGAUUGACUCUUUAAUCUUAUAAAUCUUUAUUAAAUUUAAAAUAUAAACACACAUACGAUAAUACAGUUAAAAAAUACUAUAUUAAAUAAAAUUUGUUAACUAAGUGAAAAAAAUUUCUCACACAGUCUCUUGUGAGAAUGAACAAUAUGUAUUUGAAAUAUGGGACAUAAUUACUUCUGAAAAUUUCAAAGAUGAGAUGUACAUAAUUUAUCCUCUUUAAAAAAUCAGUGAUUUAAGAAUACGUUAUAUAAUUCAAACGGAAACCUUUGUUUUGGAAAGUCAGAUCAUUUAGAUUCUGGAAUCUUUUAUUCGUUUGGCUUUACUUAAAGCCUUAUAGAUAUUUUGUUUUACUUAAAUACUUAUAGAUAUUUCAAGUAACAGAUGUCUUCUCUUGCUUAAAAGGAGCUCAGCUAAUACGCAGUGAUUCUCAAAUAAGGUAGUGUCAUAUAGGCUACUACAUAUGAUGCAACAGAAGCUAAAACACAAAGUAUGUAAUACUUUAAAUACUUACAUGUUUAUAGAUAUAAUAUUUUUCUUGUAGCAUGAAUUUUGAUCCCCAUAAACAAUGAAUUAAAUUUUCAUCAGGAUAACGCUACACUCAUUUAAAAUAUUACGGGAUUUAUAAGAUAAAAUAGACUCAACCUUUUUGCCUGAGAAAAUAAUUUUCAAGGUCUCACCAAAUUGUGCAGUAAUUGCUUCUAUGUGUGAAUGGCAUUAACUUUGAUGAACCAUGUCGUUUUGCAAGGCUUCGCCUCGUCAAGGUAUGCUACUCUCUGCAUAGCCACAUUUUGUAUGCAAGAAUGAUGAAGAGAACGUGGUUGCCUUGACUGAUAUAUGUGUUGGUAUUUAUGAUAGUCAAUAGGUAGGGUUGUUUAGAUAGUCGGAUGUAAUAUGGUUGUAGAAAAUCUAGUUUAAAUCGCAUAUCUUGCAAAUCGAGGCAAUUCUAGUUAUUGAUAACUCAAUAUUACGUUUUGGUAAAUUUAUUGUUAAUUAUAUUCAAUGAUCGAAGAUUCUAGCAUUUGCUAGUUGAUAUUUGGUGUUUGAAUAUAAAGUUAGAGUAACGUAAUAUUCGUUAUUGUUAGGUAAUUAUAUAUUAGGCUGAAGAUUCGCAACCAUAUUCGGUUACCAAGUCUGUGUAGUUAUUUAAUAGUAGCUAAAAGCUUUUAAUGGUUAUGAUAUUCUGUGUUUGUUUAGAAAUUUAGAUAUUCGACCAUUUACUUUUAAAUAGUAUAAAAAUGAUGGCCGAAUAUGCCUAGUUUUCAUUAGUUUUAUCUAAUUUUCUUUUGCAAAAAAAAAAAUCUUUAAUAUAAUAGCUAUUUUCUGUUAGCAGAAAUCGUGGAAAAUGAUGGUUACAACAGGCAUAUUUGGAUGGAAUAUAGGUGUGAUACCAGUUAUGAUUGCAUAUCGAAUUAAUAGAUCAAUAUUAUCAUCUUUUUUACAGAAAUAUUGCAUAAAUUUUAAAUAGUAAUUAAUUUUUAAAUCAUUACUGUGGAAUAUUAAUCGAGUUUGCACACAAUACAAAAUCAAAAUGUUUAAUAUUAAAUAAUUUAUUCAAAUCGGUAAGACAAUAAAGUUAGGGUUUAGGGUUUGUUUAGCAAGUUCAAAGAUUAGGGUAUAGGGUCUUUUUGUGUUUAGGGUUUGUUUUUAUAAAGUAUAUGAUUGGGUGUACCCAUUGUAAUCACAACAGUUGUUUUAUAUCUAUGGUUGAACGGUGCAAUCGUUUGUACAUUGAUUGUAAGUUAUGAAUGGUUGAAAUAUUAUAUGGAAGAAUGUAUAGUUUUAACGUUGAAGCUUGCACAAUCCAAUAUUCAAGUUAAGUCUCCUGAAAAAUUGAAAUGUUAAAGGGUCAGUGUUGAUGGAACUUGAUGAUUUGAAUUUCAAUGGACAAUUUUUUUCGUACAUAUAGUGUUUAAGCAAUGAAAACCAGAGUGUUAUAGCAAUUCAAGAUGGUUUAAAAACUUUGAUACAUAUAUAUCUAUACAUUUAUGUAUGAUAGAAGAGAUAGAAAAAGAUACUUAGAAAUGGUAAAUUAACUAAACCCGGACAAGUUUCUAAAGUUAAUGAGAUGGUUAAUUAAAACGUUUUUCAUAAAUGAUAGUAUUUAAUUAAAAUCAUAGUUUAAAAAUAAUCCAGUGGCAUUGUCUUGUAAAUAUUGUUGAAACGGAAGGGUACCUCAAAAAAGAGUCUUUUGUUUUAAUUAUUGACUAGAUUUUGAUCCGCGCUUCGAAAGCGCGGGUUUUUUUAUUAUAAAGAAAGUUUGAUAUGAAUUAGUAUUUUUUGAUUGUACGUUAUUAGUUUAUUUGAGAUUUUGUAUGUAUAUAUUCUUUUGUAACUCUCUCUUAGGUAUGAAAAUUUAUCCGGAUCCGAGUAAAAUAUAUAGGUCUGGUUCGGUUCCGGAUACAUAGCAAAUUACCUAUUGGGUAUGUUUUUGGACAUGCGAUCUCGGUUUGGGUCUGGAUCUUACCGGAGACCCGAUCGGGUACCCAAAGUAUGAAAAAUAUUUUGUUUAAAUUAGGUAUUUUUGGGUAUUUCGGAUAUGUUGCUGGUGUUACAGAUAUUCUUUUAACCUUCAAGUUUGGGUUUUCGGUUAUAGUUUUGGAUAAAUUUUCAAAAUUUAAAAAUAUAUUUCAAGUAUUUGGAUAACUUUUUGGUUCAUCGGAUCUGAUUUCAGGUAAAAUUAGUUUUUUGACUAUUUGAAUAUUUUCGGGUAUUUGUUUGAAUUUUUGGGUGUUUGUUCGGGUUUGGGUGUUUUCGGGUUUGGAUGUUUUCGGGUUUUUGGGUACUUCGGGUUUUUUCGGACUGAUCCGGACCUGAUACAUUCCUGAAAAUUAUAGGUAUUUUAGAGAUAUUUAAAUUAUGGGUCCGAACCAACCUGGACCCGAAAAAACUAACCCUAACCCAAGCCAAAAAAAAUUCAAAUAUCUAGUUGGCUCGAAAUCUUUAGGACUCAAAGGACCCAAAAUAAAAAAGAACCGCCAUGUACCUUAACCCAAUGACCCAAAUACUCAAGGCUACUCUCUUUUAAUAUAUUUGUGUGUAUUUUAUAAGAGUUGCAUUUGUUCACUUGAUAAGACUUAAGAUUUGUUUGGCGUAUUUUUAGCUAACUAAAUAGUAUAAAUUUGUAGGAUUUUAAUAAUUUUAAAAAAUUUAUCUUAAAUAAUAAUUUUUUAUUAUAAAUAUUUUCAUAAAAUUAUUUUUUCGUAAUACAUAUAAUUUUUUAACAGAUGAUUUGUUUAUUUUUUGUCAAAUUUGAUUUUGUAAAUAGUUGGAUAUAUGUUACAAUUUUGAAUUACAUUAAAAAUGUUAAUUUUUUCAGUGUUCAAAAGUUUAUAUUUUGUUGAUAAGUACUUGUCGUAUAUUAAUAGUCAGGUUAAAGGUCGUCGUGAAUAUUGAAAGAUAAGUUAUAUCAAGGAUUAAAAUGUUUAUAUUGAUAUCAAUAUAUGGUUCGUAAUCUUUUAAAAAAAUGAAUUUAUCAAGGUAUUAAAUUUAGCAAGAGAUAUUAAUAUGAUUAUGUAGAGGAUGAUAUUGCUUUAAUUGUUGUUAUUGUAUCCUGUAUUAAUAUGGCUAUUAAUAAAAAUGUUAGAUGGUUAGAGAAAAUAAAGAUAGGAUCAAAAAAUAUUAAUGAGUAGGUGCAACAAACCUUUUGUAAAUAGAUUUUUACGAUGAUUUUAUUUUAAUAGUAUAGAUUAAAAUAUAUAAAAAAAGAUCAGAAAAAAUUAGUCUAAUAAAAAGGUCCAACAACCUUGUAUAAGUAGAUUUUUUUAGAAUGUUUCCCUUUUAAUAGUAUAGACUAGAUUUUGACCCGCGCUUAAGAAGCGCGGGUUUUUUCCGGUUAAUAACAAUGUUUAUGUAGAUUAGUAUUUUGUGUUUGAUGUAUAUUAUUAAGUUAAAAAGUCAUAUUGAUUUAUAUGGAUGUGAUCAAGCGUUUGCAUUUUUAUAAUUUGUUCGAAAUAUAUCGGAAGAUGAAAUUUUUGUGUUUAAUAGUAUAGAAAUUAUAAAAUGAAGUAAAUCUUGUUAGUAGAAAGAUUGUUGCACACAUUUAUAUAUCAGAAGAUGAAAUAAUUUAUAUUUAAAAUCAAGCUAUACAAAUAUAAAACCAAGCAUAUAAAAAUCUGUAGUUAUUUUAAACCUAUCAUUUUUUUUUUCUAAAUCUACUCAAUAUAUUAUAAAUACAAACUAAAAAUUAAUUUGAGACAUAUUAUUCAUUAAUAAAAUAUGAGUUUAAAAAUUAUGAUUUAUUUCAUGGGUUUUAAUAAUUUGGGUUUUCUAAAAGAUUUUAAUUUUUUUUUUGGUUUUAGCAAAAUGGACUUAAAUUUUCACAAAUAAAAUUGUAGGUUUAAUGCAAUUUAUGAUAGAAUAUUUCGUAUUAUUCGCAAGUUACCAAAAUUCUUGGUAUAAAAUAUAAGUAGAUUUUUUUGAUAUUUUGCUUGAUAGAAAUAAAUAAGGAAAUGAUGUAUUUGUGUCGUAAUAAAAAAAACUUGUAGACCAAGUAAUUUAAAAUUUUCUGUUUUCUGUUUGAUAAUAGUAUCUCUAAUAUAUUCUUAACAAAAAAAAUUAAGAAUAUAUCUAUUUAGCAUACUCACAAUAUAUUCAUUUUCUUGUUAACCUUUUUUUUUGUAACUAACCUUGUUUGUUAUGAUUUAAAAUUUUAUAGAUCUUGCAAAACAACGUUUACAACAGUAUAGAUAUGAUAAGUUUUUAAAUAGUAUAUGAUUGUAAUUAGCAACCAACCUUAUCGUUAAAAUAAUAUGUAUUUGUUUCAAUAAUAUGUAUGUGAUGUAACGUUUUAUAGUUUGUGAGGUCAGAGUAUGUGGUAUGAUCGGGUCACAACUAUGGUGGUCUAGGUCUCUAACACUGUCAUGUUUGAUUUUAGAAUAAGUGACAUUUGAAUAAGAGUUUGAAAUAUUAUAUUUUUUUAUUCAGGAAGAGAAGCCAUGGAACAUCAACAUGAAAUAACCAAGGACUUUUUCAUUUUCAUAGACAGAAGUUUGAUCAAUGGAAGGUUGGAAUGAGACAGGUUUAGAAGUCGUUGGUGGUUCAUAGGAAUGAUAUAGUUUUGUUAAAAUAAUUUAGUAAUUGGUAAAUAUAGGGUAUAGUGUUACCAACUUUAAUGUUAAUAGCAAAAGGAGUAUUCAUGGGUUCAAUAUAUCGUAUCCAUAUAAUUGAGCCAAAAUUGGUAACAAUACAAUAUAAGGCAAGACCAACAAAAAUUAAGUUUCUAGUGAAUAGGUCCAACAACCUUGUAUAAGUAGAUUUUUUAGGACUCCUUCACUUUUAAUAGUAUUGAUGUCAAAAUAUAUCCCUAGAUGUAAAUUUUUCUUUUAAGAAUAGGGUUAACAAUCGUUUAAAUAAUUCCUUUAGCAUCGGUUUUUUUAACAUAUCUAAGAGCCGAAUCACACGAGGGAGAUAUGAUAGAGACUAUGGAAGAGAAGGCAAUACAGGAGAUCAAACAACUGUUACAACUUGUAGAUCAGAAACUUAGCUCAAUUCCUUCAUCACCAAUGAAACAUGACCUCAUACAUGAGAUCAAACAAUGGUCUGAUGAGAAAAAAGAGUCUGAAUCGAUGGAGCAAGUCGUGAAUCCAUAUGAAGUAUCAGCCAAAGACGGCGGUAAAAUCGACUACGACAAGAUUGUGGAAAAGUUUGGCUGCAAGAGAGUCGACCAGUCCCUGAUCGAUCGUGUUCAUAGACUAACUUCUCGCGAUCCGCACGUUUUCCUCCGCCGUGGCGUCUUCUUCGCACACAGGGAUUUCAAUGAGAUUCUGGAUUCAUUCGAGAGAGGAGACAAGUUCUAUCUCUACACAGGAAGAGGACCUUCAUCAGAAGCUUUGCAUCUAGGGCACUUGAUACCUUUCAUGUUUACCAAAUACCUGCAAGAAGCUUUUAAGGUUCCUGUUGUUAUACAGCUUACGGAUGAUGAAAAGUUCAUGUGGAGUAAGACCUUAAAAGUGGAGGAUACUAAAAGACUUGCCAGGGAAAAUAUCAAAGAUAUAAUUGCUUGCGGAUUUGAUGUAGAAAAGACAUUUAUUUUCUCGAACAUCGAGCAUGCUGGUACAUUCUAUGAAAAUACGUUGAAGAUUGGAAAGUGCGUAACAGUUAAUAAGGCUAACGCAAUCUUUGGCUUUGCUGGCGAAGAUCCUGUUGGAAAAAUGGGUUUCCCUCCUGUGCAGGCAGCUCCAUCUUUUGCUAGCUCGUUCCAACACUUGUUCCUUGGAAAGGACAAUAAUCUCCGUUGCUUGAUUCCUUGUGCUAUUGACCAAGAUCCAUAUUUUCGAAUGACUCGAGAUGUUGCACCUCGGUUAGAUUAUAGCAAGCCUGCUCUAAUUGAGUCAAAAUUCUUGCCUUCUCUGAAGGGAGUGAACGGAAAAAUGUCGGCGAGUAAUCCUAACUCAGCCAUAUACGUAACGGAUACCACCAAGGACAUUAAGAAAAAGGUUAACAGUGCGUUUAGUGGUGGGAAAGACAACUCAACGGAACAAGAAAAUGCUGGAGCAGAUCUGGAGGUAGACAUACCGUUCAAGUACUUGAGUUUCUUCCUAGAUGAUGAUGCUGAACUUGAACACAUAAAGAAGGUAGAUUACAUUACCCUCGCCUCUCUAGCUCUUGUUUUUAGCUCAUUACACAGAACAAAGAAUGUUCAUCUCUGUCUUAAUGUGUUUCAGGAAUAUGGAGAAGGAAGAAUGCUAUCUGGACCGGUUAAGCAACGACUCACUGAAGUUUUGACAGAAGUAGUUGAGAAACACCGCAAGGCUCGAGCUGCUGUUACUGAUGAAAUGGUGAACGCGUUUAUGGCCGUGAGACCUCUACCAAAGAUGUUCGACUAGAGCCCAUAAGCCAGAAGAAACCCCUCUUUGGCUGGCUGUUCUGCAACUUCAUAUUGGAGCUUUAAUAUAAUGUUUAGUCUCCUCAUCUCUUUAUUAAUAACUUUUGUGAACAACCAAACAGUUUGUGAUAAUCAAUGAAACAACUCUUGUUCCUAAUAUAA